AAUUUGUUAUUUUUUGUCUCUCUCUGUAGUGUAAUUUGUUUAUCACAAAAACCAACAGUGAAAUAUUGAAAAAAUAAUCCAUUGUCGUGGACUGAGCUUCACUAAACGCAGCCAAAGCGCGCACCAUGCGAGUGGGAUUCCAUUGAGCUCGCGAAAAGACCACACGCAAAGAGGGCGUCAACAAACAGUGGGGGUGGACUUGAGCAAGAGGAAGAGCAGAGCAGAGAGAACAGAUAAGAUUGGAUUGGCGACAACUUACGAGUAGUAUGAGUAACCACAGAUACCACCAUGGGGGCAGCUACAUGCAUCCACGGAUGUCCUAUCCCCACCACUUUACCUACGUCAGCUCCUGCGUGAAAUACAUGAUCUUCCUGCUGAAUUUCCUUUUCUGGCUCUUUGGCGGCCUGCUCCUGGCCAUCGGUGUGUACGCUUUCAUGGACAAACUGAAGGAUGGCAAUGGUUGGCUGCGCUUGGACACCGUCUACGAUGUGAUUUUCAAUAUAUCCUUGGUGAUGAUCAUUGCUGGUUGUGUGGUAUUUUUGGUUAGCUUUGCGGGCUGCCUGGGAGCUCUGCGUGAGAACACCUGCCUGCUGAAGUUCUACUCGAUGUGUCUGCUUAUGUUUUUCAUCAUGGAAAUGACUUUAGCCAUAAUCUGUUUUAUGUUUCCGCAGUACAUGAACUCGUUCUUGGAGUCACAGUUUGCCGACAAGAUCAUACACUCGUACCGCGAUGACUCAGAUCUGCAGAAUUUCAUUGACUUUGCCCAGCAAGAGUUCAAGUGCUGCGGCCUCAGCAAUGCUGGCUACCAGGACUGGAGCAAGAACGAGUACUUUAAUUGCUCCUCCCCUUCUGUGGAAAAGUGCGGCGUGCCCUACAGUUGCUGCAUCAAUGCCACCGACAUCAGUUCCGGCCUGGUCAACAUUAUGUGUGGCUAUGGCGUGCAGGAGCACUCGGUGGCAGCCGCCAGUAAGCGCAUCUGGACUAGCGGCUGCAUUGAAAUUGUGCGCGUCUGGGUGGAACGCAAUCUCUAUGUGAUUGCUGGCGUUGCCCUGGGCGUUGCCUUGCUGCAGCUGUUUGUCAUUUAUCUGGCCAAGACCCUGGAGGGACAGAUAGACCUGCAAAAGUCGCGCUGGUCGUGAGUGCCAUACCAUCAUCCGUACUUGUACGGAUACCCGUGCGACGAUGACUUGUACUACAACACUCAAAUGUGAGAGAUGGCCCUGGCGGCAGCUGCACGACUGCCGCCGUUGAGCUGAUUGAACUAAUCUGGUCCUACAAGUGCUCAAAA